CGUUUAGUCCUCCCUUCUUCCCGUUUUGGCUGAUCUGAGUCCUAGACCACACGUGGCAUGAGCCUCCUGCUCUCCUGGGGGGCCUGGACGCUGCCGCUAUCUUGCCUCACCCUCCCUGGGCACGAGCAGCUCCCGUUGCGUCGCUCUUCCGCCUGGCACUGCCUAGUUAAGCUUGGAAGUGUCCACCUCACCAUGCCGCCUGGCCGCCUGUGACCGGAGCCUGCCCCCACCCCACUGCCACCUCGCCCGUGACCAGCCUCAGGGUCCCAUGUGAGGACUCCUCAAAGCCCCUCAGCCUGCUCCUUGGCACCCACAGCACCUGGGAUGUGGUGAGCUGGGCCUGGCCCAGGUUUCCUCGUCCUUUUUCCCCAGGGCGCCCAGUACCAGCCUGGGGAAUUCUUGCUAGUGGCCUGACUGGUUGUCCAGGAAGCUGCUCUCUGGGCUUCUCAGGGUGACCCAGUAUCUUCCUGAGAAGUGUGCCUGUCAUAGCCACCUCCCUCUCGGAGCACGGGAACAGGCACAACUGGUGGGGCCCCCGCCUUCCUCAGCCCAGUGUCAGGUCUAAAGGGGAUCAAGGAGGGGCCCCCUCUAAACACAGCCUGUUAGGGAGGUCCACCCUGGCUGCCAGCCCCACUUGUGUCCGCUCUGCCCUACUUCACUUGGCACCCCCUCUGCCCUGCUCCCCGCAGCUGCAUCUUCGCUUCGCCAAGUCCCCUGUGGGUACUCCACACAGGAGGCUCCGUCCCGCCCAGGCUGCCUGGGCAUCACCUUGACGGCUGCAGUGGGAGGUGGGAGGACAGGCAGGCCCAUGAUCACCACUGCCCAGGCAUGCCAACUCUACAGGCCAAGUGCUGGCAUGUUCUGCUCCAGGACAACGUUCUCAGCUGCUGCCACCCGCUUCCUGGACCAGGGAUGGCCUUCUCGCUUCCUUCCCACCUUGACUGAGCCUGGUGGGCUGGGCAGGCCCUGGAGCCUGGGGCUGGAGGGGCUGGGCUUCACCCCUGCUCCCGUGGUCUCGGAGCUGUGGGUGCCGCUGGGGCAGUCCUCUACUCCUGCCCCUCGCGUUGCUCAUCCUUCAGAGGGGAAGGCCGGCUCAGCUGAAGCCUCCUGCCUCCCUUCCUCCUAACCCGGAAGCCUCUGCUAAAGGUUCCUUAGAUACUAUGGGUCAUGGUACCCUUGAGGCAGAUACCCUUCCUGGUGGAAGAUGAGUCUGAAAGCUGGGUGAGCCACCCCUGGUCACUGAGGUGGUACUGAGGCCCCGUCCUGAGUGCACCCUUCCCCUUUGUGGCUGAGCAUGGUGUGUGCAGUGACCUCUUUCCCACUCUGAGCUCGCUUUACCCUCACGAGGGGCAGCCCAGUCCCCUGUGACGAAAGGGGAACUGCGCCCUGGAGAAGAGGCCUAGUGCCUUUGUGGGAAGUGCCCCAGCAUGGGGCUGGGUGUGAAACCCAGCCUGGCCAGGCCCGGCUGCUGUAGCCUGGCCAGGUCAGACUUGGAGGCAGGGCUGGGUGGAAGGCUCCGGCUUCCUCCUGUGCCUGUGAUGACAAGUCCUCAGCCCACAGCCAGUCGGGUGCCUGCUUUCCAAUUUGUAAACACGGGGCGUGUGUCCCAGUAGCUGUGAGUGAGCGAGGGGGUGGCAAGCCGGCCGCACAGGUCCUGCGGCCUCAGGCCUUCUUGUUGCCCAACAGGCGGCAGGGGGUGGGCCAUGGCUGCUGAUUAAAGGCCGCCUGGAGCAGCCUGUGCUGAGACAGGUGUCCAGCAGCCCAGGAAACCAGCCAGCACCCGCCCCAGCUUUAGGCAUCACUGUCCCCGUGCGAACAUCACCAUGUCUGAGGUGCCCCGGGCUAAGACCUUUGUCUUCCUGGACCUGGAAGCCACUGGACUCCCCAAUGUGGACCCUGAGAUUGCUGAGAUAUCUCUGUUUGCCGUCCACCGCUCGUCCCUGGAGAGCCCAGAGCGUGACGAGGCUGGCACCCCUGUGCUGCCCCGGGUCCUGGACAAGCUCACACUAUGCAUGUGCCCAGAUCGCCCCUUUACCGCCAAGGCCAGUGAGAUCACCGGCCUGAGCAGCGAGGGCCUGGCACAGUGCCAGAAGGCCAACUUCGACAAUGCCGUGGUGCGGACGCUCCAGGCUUUCCUGAGCCGCCAAGAGGGCCCCAUCUGCCUCGUGGCCCACAAUGGCUUUGAUUACGACUUCCCUCUGCUGUGCACGGAGCUGCGGCGCCUGGGUGCCCAUCUGCCCCGGGACACCACCUGCCUGGAUACGCUGCCAGCACUGCGGGGCCUGGACCGUGCCCACAGCCAUGCCACCCGGGCCCAGGGCUGCAAGGGUUACAGCCUGGGGAGCCUCUUCCGCCGCUACUUCCAGGCGGAGCCCAGCGCAGCCCACUCGGCAGAGGGCGAUGUGCACACCCUGCUCAUGGUCUUCCUGCACCGGGCUGCUGAGCUGCUCACCUGGGCUGAUGAGCAGGCCCGCAGCUGGGCUCACAUCGAGCCCAUGUAUGUGCCUCCUGAUGGCCCAAGCCUUGAUGUCUGAGCGCCAGGAGCUUGGUGACACGGACUUCCAGGGGGACAAGGCCCACUUCCUGUGCCAUGGGCAAUGCCAGUCUUGACCAUUUAGCUGGGCUCUGAGGCCUGGAGCAGGCACCGGACCAGUGCCUCGCUGCCCUUCCCCCAUCCUCUUACUUGGGCAUCCUCUUAGCUGUGCAUCCGCCAGGCCUUCCCCGGGCUCUGGCCUACCUAGCCCCACAGCCUCACCCCUGGCCCGUGCUCCAGUAGAGUUUGCUGCUGUGGGCUCCCACCCCUUACCCUGUCUCACAAUAAACAUCACCAACUGCUCA